GCUGAAGGGGAGGUGGCAGCUCUGAACAGACGUAUCCAGCUAGUGGAAGAGGAGUUGGAUCGUGCCCAAGAACGGUUGGCCACAGCCUUGCAGAAACUGGAAGAGGCUGAGAAAGCAGCGGAUGAGAGUGAGAGAGGAAUGAAGGUUAUUGAGAACAGAGCAAUGAAAGAUGAAGAGAAAAUGGAGAUCCAGGAAAUGCAACUGAAGGAGGCGAAGCACAUUGCUGAGGAAGCCGACCGCAAAUACGAAGAGGUUGCCCGUAAACUGGUUAUUUUGGAGGGUGAACUGGAAAGAGCUGAAGAGCGCGCAGAGGUGUCUGAAGUUAAAUGUAGCGACCUCGAGGAGGAGUUAAAGAACGUCACUAACAACCUGAAAUCUCUGGAAGCUCAAUCUGAAAAGUACUCAGAAAAAGAAGAUAAAUAUGAAGAAGAAAUCAAAAUUCUCUCUGACAAGCUCAAAGAAGCUGAAACUCGUGCUGAAUUUGCAGAGAGAACAGUUGCCAAACUGGAAAAAUCUAUUGAUGACCUGGAAGACGAGCUCUACGCUCAGAAGCUGAAGUACAAAGCGAUCAGUGAGGAGCUUGACCAUGCUCUCAAUGACAUGACGUCUCUGUGA